AUGCUACUGGAGUUUUUUCUGCUGGAGGUUCUGGAGCUGCUGAGGGUGUUGGAGCUGGAGGUUCUGGAGCUGCUGAGGGUGCUGGCGCUGGAGGUUCUGGAGCUGCUGCAGGUGCUGGCGCUGCGGGUUCUGAGUCAGCUGUUACGCGGUCUCCUUGGAGUGGCCGCCUUCGUCCGCGUGUGCCUCUCACCUCACAGCAGCUGCACGACUGGAGCUGGGAGUGGUCCUGGUCCCAGAGGUGCUCGUACUGGAGGUACUGGAGCUGCUGGGGCUGGAGGUGCUGAGCCUGAGGGUGCUACUGCUGGAGACCCUGGGUCUGGGGGUGCUGCUACUGGAGACACUGAGGCUGGAGACCCUGGGACUGGAGGUGCCGGUUCUGGGGGUGCUGUUGCAGGUGGAGCUGGUCCUGUAGGAGCUGGCGCUGAGGGUUCUGGUUGA